AUGCAGGCUGUUCUUGCUGUCCAAAAGACUUUGGGCAAGUGGAGAAGCUCUAGGGAAUGCAUCGAUGGGCGCCUAGGCGCGGUACGCACUGAUAGGGCGAGUAGAAGGGGGCACCUAGGAGUUGUUAUGCUCGCGAAUCAGUUGGGCCAGCACCCCGUUGCGCAGGGCCGCUUGG